GUAGGGUAUGAAUAAACGCGCACUGUUUGACAUAUGCGUAAUUUCACUCACAAGUUGUUUGUGUAACAUGUUAAAAAACCUACUUUACUAACCUGCAGUUUCGAUUGUCAGAUCAUUUUAAUCUCACUUUCGCAAUACUGGUGAUUUUUUUGAUUACUUUGACUAAUAAACACGUGCAUCAUGUGUACCUACUGAGUCGUCCGUUCACUGCUAUUUUUUUCUUGACCAGAUUAUUUUUCAUACGCUACUCUAUACAAUUUCCUUACAUACUUUCAGGCUUCAAACAAGAUUCCAGAUACUCAAAUCCCAUUGGAAGAUUUACUGUAGGCGUUUGCUGCCAUCUGGUCACGUUGCAUACCACACUUAUAAUUGUGUCAUAUCAGUUGAUAUUGAGUUGAAAAAUGGCAAGUGGCAUGAUAACAUUAAUAGCCGAAAAUCAAAGUUUUCUAGUAAGUUGUCUAUUUUGCUCAAUUUUCACGAAUAAACUUCAGUAACCCCAUAGUAUUUGGAUAUGAAUAGUUUAGUUUGCAGGCAUACAUGUAGGCUUACAAUUGCGAUUUAUAUAAGCCAUAAUCGCCAUCCUUGUGAAAUAGUCGGUGGCCGUUUUUGUUGGUGUUUUAUAACCGAAAAUUUAUUUAUUAUGACGUUGAUACCGUCUUGGAUCUACUACCUAGAAUCAUUCUGUAUCCCAUCUGUUUGCUUCUUGUUAAUCCUUGAUCUUCGCCUAGCUUUUUUGUGCUAUCAUAAAAUGCCUUGAAGGAUCGUUUGCCAAUUUCAAAGACGAAUCAGUUAAUACCCGAACUGAUUAUACUUAAACUCACUUUUAAGUACCUCGUGAUGUACUAACUAAAUCUAGUCUGUAUUUUUAUGCUGCUUUUGAGAGCGGGAUGACUGAAAGCAAAACCAGCCAGUUCAGUUUUCCUAAUUUCACUGCUCACCAGUUAGCUAUGGUUGUUCAGUUUCUGCGACCGGAACUAACUAUUCAGGAUGAUGCUUUAAACAACCAUAGCAGUGGAUUAAAUAACUCUUGUCCAGAAACGCUGAAAAUUUUAGAAGCUUUGGAUUUGGCUGAUGCAGCAGAUUACUUUCAAAUGCCCAAACUUAUUCAAACUUGUAUGCAGAGAAUAUCUCAUAUCAUGAACGAGUUAUUUCAACCUAAAUCCAUUCAACUUCAUGAAUCACAUAGCUGCGAUAUAUUCUCAAUAAUAUUAAAAGAGUUUGCGAAAGUGUCCCACUGUGAAAAUGGUUGUGUUAACAAACUUUUUUCUGAAUACACCAUAAAAUACCCUCAUUUUAUCCUCAGACCAUGUCUUUCAGAUUCAAACUUACAGCAUCUUCUUAUUAAUUUGGCUAUAAGCUAUUUGUCGAAAAGUGUCAUAUGCAUACCAGACGAAGACAUAAUUUUAAAUAUUGUUCUUAGCUGGUUACAGAUAUUGAAACCAACUGAGUUUUAUACAGAAAAUACCGUUCAAUGCUUUUUGCAAUGCGUUCGUCCCGGCCUUCUUUCACUAGACGGUCAAGAAAAGUUAUUAGAUUAUUGGCGCAACCAACAUUCUGAGUUGAAGUGGUUUGGAAAGCUGACAUGUGCAGAUAUGGAGGUAUUUUUUAAAAGUAUUCCAAAUGGGGGAAUCUUUUGCAAGUCUCCGUUAGCUUCUCAACUCCAGCUUUUGCUAGUAAAGCCUAGAGCCGAAUCUCUGUGUUUACUUGGGUUAGCUCCAAGUCGUUCUAGCAACUCAUUAGAAUUUUGGCUUUUCAAUCUUCACAAUGGAGCUUAUCAUAACUACCCCAUACCUGAUAAUUGUCUGCGGGAACUUGAUCUGGACUCCUCUGGUGUUGGUGACAUAGAUCAUCGCAUUUACUUCUGUCCAGUAACGUACGGAUCCGGUUCUUAUCAAAGUAAUUUGUUUGUUAUAUGUUUUGAUCCAAACAAUGCAACAUUAAAUGGCUUUGCUUGGUGUUUGGCUUCUUGUCGUGCAAAACUCAUCCCUCGUUUGCUUCUUUCUCCCACGAACAACAGAAAUGGUACUAUCAAUUCUUUCUGCUUCCGAUCUAGACGAAUCGGUGUAACUACGUUGUCCAGUGGUCUUUACAUGUAUUAUCUUUCUUGUAUACAAGAGGUCGCAUGGUUGUGUGCAUUUCGAUUUGAUCUGAGCACUUGGAACUGGUAUGGGAUGGAACCUUAUUGUUUGUCUAGGAACCAGAAUGGAAUGAUGUUAUUUACACCAAUCGAACAGUUAAAUUCUAUCCCACCUGACGACUGGGUAUACGCUAAUAUUGAGACAGUUUCGUCGAAUAACUCCAGACACCCACGUCACGGGCUUCAUCAAACUUCAGCACUUCGGUCACAGUUCUUUCGAUUUCGUCCGCGACCUGAUGGAGAUGCACUAUUUGUAGAGAAUCUACCUAAUCCACCUUUCCUCAUCAGAAUGUACCGUUUGCUGGCUAUCAGUUGCUCUCUGCAAGGUAACUUUAGUGAUAAGACUUAUUUGUUUCCUAUGGGGACUUGCUCUCGUGAUUUAGAGGCUACACACUAUUGUUUUGACACGUUUUCCUGCCAAUGGCUUCGAUGGAAACCGGUUCAGACGUCAGAUAUCGAUGAGUUAAAUCCCAUUAGACAACAUCCUUCUGAAGACAUUGAGCUAACGUUUAAUCUAUGUCCUAAAAUUCUUGGUUUUCGUGGUCUUGUUUGUGCUACACACAUUUUGAAUAGAUUGGAUGAAAACAAGUUAUUAUUAUCUCGAGAAACUUAUGUUCAGAACCCUGAUGGUGUUAAAUCAAACGAUCAUCCACUUUCCUCAUCCGUAAAUGAUUCAAGCUAUAAUGGAAGCUUGAAUUCUACAAAUAAAAAUAGAUUAACAACAUUGUUGGUUUUAGCUGGUAGACCGGAUCAAACUAAACAUGUGAUAUCUGGGAUAUGGUUUCAUCACCCUCAAGCUUGUAAUAGUCCGGACGAAACAAUUGCAUUAUUCGAUUCUCAAAAACCAAAUUAUUUUCUACCAACUGCAAUCGCUCAAACCCUGGGACAAUACCUUUCCCCAACAGCAGUUGUAUUGGCUAACUGGACACAUAUUGUACAAUCUGUAAAUCCUAUCACUUUUUUAACUAAUUAUUCUAAACAAGAAAACUGUGAACUCAACAAAUUCUCAUAUAUUUACGGAAACUUUCCUGAAAGCUCCAACUGGUCAUGGGAUAGUGACUAAACAACAAAUUUUUCUUGUGAUAAAAGAUAAGUUAGUCCAUAAUUGCAUUUUUUAAAAUUGUAUAUUGGUUAGUGCAAUAUGCAAAGGAAGUCGUUGUAUCAUAUAUCACUUCAUUAGAUCCACUAGUUCCUCGUUUUCACAGUUAUUCCCACUGUUGCAUUUAUUUUGUACUUCCAAGAGUUAACUUUUAUAUAUUUUAAUGUGCGUUAAGUUGAUUGUUUAUAUUUUAUGUAAGUGCCUUUAUUUCCAGAUUUAAAAUUCCCAGUCAGUAUUCUUGUAAUAUCUUAUUUUAUUUAUCCCCCAUUUAAUAUUACCCAUAUGUAAAAUGUGUUCUGUGUCCUACAUGAUAUAUUUUUCAUUAUCCACACCUCAUUUAAGUAAAAACUUUUGAUAGU